AUGAGCGUUCCUAAGGACCGUUUCCUCUCUAGUGAAGAAGAAGUUGAGCUAGCCCGGAGUAAUAAGAAGGUCAAGGACGUGAACCACGCAGAUUAUAAUUUUAGCAGGGAAGCGGAAGCUAUUAGACAAGACAGAUACGGAAGGAAUAGUUUGUCUUUCAAGGAUAAACUUAUGGGUGAAAUUCCAGGAGCCUAUAAUCAGGCUUUUGAGUUGAAUGGGAAUAUGGAAUCUAAUGAGGACUCAGACGAAGAGGUGGCUGAACUGCGAAAUGGUGUUGCAGCAGUGACGCUAUCCAAAGAGGUGAAACAAUGGAUUAGAGCUCCUUGGGUGAACUCUUUGAUUGUGAAAGUUUAUGGCAGGUUAGUGGGGUUUCAUUUCUUGCAAGCUAGGCUUAUUUCUAUGUGGAGACCGUCGGGGAGGAUGGAUAUUAUUGAUUUGGGGAAGGAGUUCUAUCUUGUCCGGUUUGGGCUGAAGGAAGAUUUCUCAGAGGUGUUGGAGAAGGGUCCAUGGUUUAUUGGAGAACAUUUUCUCUCCAUUAGACCAUGGGAGCCUAACUUUAAACUAUCAACAGCCAAUAUCUCAUCGAUCGGUAAAGCUGUGGGAAAUGUUUUGAGGAUCAAUACUCAUACAGCAACAGAAGCAAGGGGAAGAUAUGCAAGGCUAUGUAUUCAGGUGGAUGUUGAGAAACCGUUAGUCACGUCAGUGAACAUUGGCGAUCUGGAUCAGCCAAUCAGUUAUGAAGGCAUUCAUAAGUUGUGCUUCUCGUGUGGCCGGAUUGGGCACCGGAAAGACGACUGUGUGUAUUUACUCAGAGCCACCUCGCCUAAGGAGAAGGCCGAUACGGAUGUGCAAAGUAACAUGGAUAGGGCCGAUACGGGUGCGCAGGGUAACGCAGAAAGGACAACAUGCAUGGCGCAUGAAGGAGUGGUCCCCACGCAUGCACAAGGAGAAGGUGACACGGUACAGGUUGGUAGUGUUGGUACGAUGGAUGAAGACAGUUACGGACCAUGGGUAAUGGUCACUAGGAAAAAGAGUGGGAGAAAAGGUCCAAAUAUUGGAAGUACUUCUGCCAGCAAGACUCUUAAGCAAGAAUGGGUGAAUUCUCCGAAUCGGGCAAAUGACUUUUCCAGGCCUAACAAUAAGGCUAUGGAGGAUGGGCUGGGCCUAAAGAGAGAGGGGAAACGUAAGGCAGACCUAGUGGUGAUUGGGAAAAGGACUAAUGGGCCAGAAGGGGUGGGCCAAGCUGGUGAUAAUGUUAGUAAGGGAGAAAUGCUGAAGACUAAGGCCAACGGGUCUAUAAGGGGCAAAAAGGGUAUCGCAUGA